GCAGGAGGAAAGGGAGAAAGAAAGAGAAAAGAGAGAGAGAAAGUGUCUGGUUGAUGUUGGGGAAGAGAGGGGGCAAACCUCCUGCCAUUUGGUCUCUGAAUAACUCAGCACCCGUCCUAAAAAAUACCCUUUUUUCUCUUUUGUUUUCUUUUCUUUUCUUCUUCUCUCAAAAGUUUCCUUGUCUCUCGGCUUUCCGCCGGCUCGCUUUUCCGGCGGCUUCGCCGGAAUUCCCAAGCCCCUAUCUCGAACACUGACCAAAUUCUCACUUUCUGUUUUGGGGGUUUCUUUUUUCUUUAGCUUUGGUUUUGUUGUUUUGAGCUGAUCUGUGUUCUGUUGAGAGAAUCACUCUACUAUUCGGCGUUUGGAUCUAUCUGUCAGCUGAGUUUUAGCUGUUCCAGCUCGAUUUCUGGGGUUUUCCUUGCUCUUCCGGAUUGUGAUCCGGAGGAAGAUGCCGCCGGCGAGAUGACUGGGUGAAAGUUUGCAAUUGUUUUAUUGGCCCACUGGUGAUACGAGUUGCCGGAAUUUGUGCAAUGAAGGCGCCUACGAACGGUGCUGCGGCUGCGGCGACGGCAGCCCCGAAUCCAUGCGAAGGAGAGAAAAAGAGCAUCAACCCAGAGCUAUGGCAGGCGUGCGCCGGACCUCUAGUGAACUUGCCGCCGGCGGGGACGCUCGUCGUCUAUUUUCCACAAGGCCACAGUGAACAGGUUGCAGCAUCUAUGAAGAAAGAUGUGGACGCUCAAAUCCCAAACUAUCCUAAUCUUCCCUCGAGGCUGCUAUGCAUCCUCCAUAAUGUCACUUUGCAUGCGGAUCCGGAAACUGAUGAAGUAUAUGCUCAGAUGACACUCCAACCAGUUCCUGCUUAUGACAAGGAAUCAUUGUUGAGAUCAGACCUUGCACUCAAGACAAAUAAACCACAAACAGAUUUUUUCUGUAAAACUUUGACAGCAAGUGACACAAGCACACAUGGAGGUUUCUCGGUACCACGCCGCGCAGCAGAGAAGAUUUUCCCUCCUCUUGAUUUCUCUAUGCAACCACCUGCUCAAGAACUUGUGGCAAAGGACUUGCAUGAUAAUGUAUGGACCUUUCGUCAUAUCUACCGUGGGCAACCAAAACGCCACUUGCUGACGACAGGGUGGAGCCUUUUUGUUAGUGGAAAGAGGCUUUUUGCAGGUGACGCAGUCUUGUUUAUUAGGGAUGAAAAGCAGCAGCUUCUCUUGGGCAUUAGGCGGGCUAACAGGCAACCCACCAAUUUAUCAUCAUCAGUUUUGUCAAGUGAUAGCAUGCACAUUGGGAUCUUAGCGGCAGCAGCCCAUGCAGCUGCAAACAAUAGCCCUUUUACUGUGUUUUACAAUCCAAGGGCUAGCCCAUCUGAAUUUGUUAUCCCUUUAGCCAAGUACUACAAGGCAGCGUACAGCAACCAAAUAUCUCUUGGCAUGCGCUUCCGGAUGAUGUUUGAAACUGAAGAGUCGGGGACAAGAAGGUACAUGGGUACAAUUACAGGUAUCAGUGAUCUAGAUCCUGUGAGAUGGAAGAACUCACAAUGGCGUAAUUUGCAGGUUGGUUGGGAUGAGUCAACUGCUGGGGAACGGAGGAACCGUGUCUCAAUCUGGGAGAUUGAACCAGUGACAGCCCCAUUUUUUAUCUGUCCUCCUCCAUUCUUCCGAUCAAAACGUCCGAGGCAACCAGGAAUGCCAGAUGAUGAAUCUUCUGAUCUAGAGAAUCUCUUCAAAAGGACAAUGCCUUGGCUUGGUGAUGAUAUCUGCAUGAAAGAUCCCCAGGCUGUCCAUGGCCUAAGCUUAGUUCAAUGGAUGAACAUGCAGCAAAACCCUCCCCUGGGUAACUCUGCACAACCAAACUACAUGCAUUCCUUAUCAGGGUCUGUCAUGCAAAACCUUGCAGGAGCAGAUCUCUCCCGUCAGUUAGGCUUGUCAGCACCCCAAAUCCCUCAGCAAAGCAACUUACAGUUCAAUAAUGCACAGAGGCCUCCUCAGCAAGUGCCACAGCUUGAUCAGCUCACAAAGCUGCCUACAACAUUGAAUCCAUUGGGCUCUGUUAUACAGCCACAGCAACAGUUGAAUGAUAUUGCUCAGCAACCGAGGCAAAAUUUGAUGAAUCAAACUCUACCCUCAAGCCAGGUUCAGGCUCAACUUCUGCAGCAGCCUCAACCUCUGGUCCAAAACCACAAUAUUCUUCAGCAGCAACCAUGUGUUCAAAAUCAGCAGCUCCACAGAAACCUCCCUCAGAACCUGCAACAGCAACAGCAACCACAGCAGCAACAACAACAAAUCAUGGGUCAAAAUCAACAACAAAAUCUGAUGCCAUCCCAGCCACCUGAUCAAGCAAACCAACAAUUGCAAAUGUCUGACAAUCAAAUGCAGCUUCAACUGUUACAGAAGCUUCAGCAGCAACAGCAGUCCCUUCUAGCACAGCAGUCAACAAUGCAACAAACUGCUCAACUUACUCAACUCCAAGAUCCACAGAGGCAGCUCUUAGAUGUGUCUCAGAACUUCUCCAGGUCUGUUGCAUCUGGCCAAAUACUGGAAAUGCCUCAAGCAACAUCCACCUCGCUCCCGCAAUCACUUGUUAUUCCGCAGCAGAUAACAAAGAGUAACAGCCAGACAAAUGUUCGAUUUUCUCAUCCACCUCAGCAGCCAAAGCUUCAACAGCAGCAGCCUGGCAUGCUGCCUGAAUUGCCUGGGCAUGUGGGACUUCCCCCAAUGACAGCAACUAAUCAGCUUUCCACUGCCGGAAGCAGUUUGCUGACUGGUGCUGCAGGAGCAGGGCAAUCUGGGAUUACCGAUGAUGUUCCAUCUUGCUCCACUUCACCAUCCGCUAACAACUGCCCAAAUAUAAUUCAACCAAUCUUGAAUGGAAGAGCCCACCGAACCACAGCAAUGGAGGAGAUGGCUCAGUCCUCUGCCACUCUCUUGAGUGGCAGUGGCUUGGAGACUAUAUCAGCUAACGCUAACUUGGUUAAAGAUUUUCAGCAGAAACCUGAUAUUAAGCCUUCUUUGAAUAUCUCCAAGGGUCAUAACCAGGGAUUUUUUGCCCCACAAACAUAUGUAAAUGUUGCAGCAGCCCAGACUGAUUACUUGGACACAUCAUCUUCAGCAACUUCGGUUUGCUUGUCACAGAAUGACCACUUACAGCAGAAUAACAACCCAUUGUCUUUUAAUCAGCCAUCAAUGAUGUUCAGAGACACGAGUCAAGAUAGAGAAGCUCAGGCAGACCCCAGGAACAAUGUUCAGUUUGGUACUAACAUUGAUAGCCAAUUGGGGAUACCUAUGUUGCCAGACCCCAUACUUACAAAGGGCAUGGUGGGAUCAGGGAAGGAGUUCUCAAAUAAUCUCUCUUCAGGAGGCCUGCUUGCCAACUAUGAAAAUCCCAAAGAUGCUCAGCAGGAUCUUUCAUCCUCAAUUGUUUCACAGUCAUUUGGAGUUCCAGAUAUGGCGUUCAAUUCUAUUGAUUCUGCAAUAAACGAUAGCAGCUUCUUGAACAGGGGUCCAUGGGCGCCAGCACCACAAUUUCAGCGGAUGCGGACAUAUACGAAGGUGUAUAAGCGGGGAGCAGUAGGGAGAUCCAUUGAUAUCACCCGUUAUUCAGGCUAUGACGAGCUUAAACAAGAUUUGGCUCGUAGGUUUGGUAUAGAGGGACAGCUGGAGGACAGACAGAGGAUAGGCUGGAAACUCGUGUAUGUGGAUCAUGAGAAUGAUGUUCUGCUAGUGGGGGAUGAUCCUUGGGAGGAGUUUGUGAACUGUGUACGCUGCAUCAAGAUCCUCUCUCCUCAAGAAGUCCAGCAGAUGAGCUUGGAUGGAGAUAUUGGUAACAGUGUACUUCAGAAUCAAGCCUGUAGCAGCUCUGAUGGUGGCAAUGCUUAAAUAAAUCUCUGCCAAAAUCGUUGCCAUUUUUCAGCUGCAUUUUUAGGAAUCUACCCAUCAUCACCUCUCUGCAUAACAGAGAUGUUUUGCAACAGUGCCAUGGUAGGGUUUUCCUUCAUCAGCUUGAAGAGAAGGGCAAAGCAAAUUAAGAAGACUAUCCUUUGGCAGCUAGAGCUUGCUUCUUAAAUUUUGUACCAGUUCAGAAAUAGGAACAUUGGUGGAAAUUUGAAGAAAUACAAAAGCUGGGCAGUACCUGAUUGAUUGAUUAUGAAACAGCUUGGAAGGGAUGGUACAAAUUGUGUCCAAGGGAGAAGUAUAUUUUUAAAGUUGAGAGAAGAAGCUGGUUUAGGAAUUGCCUUGAGAGAGAUACUUUGAUGUAUGCAUGUUGUGACUUUGUGAGAGAGAUCAGUAGUCAUUUUUUACUCCCACUUCGUUUUUUUUUUUUUUUUUUUAAUCUUAUCUUUUAUUUUAAAUGUCUCCCAACUCCAGGUGCAUUGUAGAAAGCAAAAGCUCUAAAUUUGUAUUGGCUAGUUUUUUAGUGUAUAAAUGUGUAGAUUUUUCUCCGUAAAAAUGAAAUUCCUUUUAUGAA